AUGGAUAAAUUUGAUGGUUUAUCUGCUUUAAACUCGCUUUCAUCGGAAGAGAUUCCAGAUAGAGAUACUCAUUUCAAGUGUGCUCCACCUAUCUGUGAUGCAGCCAAUAAAGAAAAAUUAUGGAAUGCUUUAAUGGAAGGACAUAUUGAUAUGCUAAGCUCUGAUCAUUCACUAACAGUCCCAGAACUUAAACUCCUGAAUAAUGGUAACUUUUUGAGGGCUUGGGGUGGCAUAUCAUCUGUACAGGUUGGUGAUUUUCCAUUUUCAGAAAAAUUAUCUGAAGUAACUGUUUACUUUCUUCUGUUGAAAUUUGGUGAAACCACUUUGAUCUGCUACAUGUUGUUAUGCAGUUUCACUUUUCGGAAAAGAUAUUUAGAAGAAUGUGGAGAUCGUGCGGACAUUGUCAUCUGGGAACCUGAAGUGGAAUUUGACCUCAAUGCUGAUCAUCCUAUGUAUGUGAAAAAUCCAGCAUGUAUCUGGAUGCCCUAUAUAUCUGGAAAAGUGUUGGCGACUGUUGUAAGAGGGAACCUCGUGUACAAGGAAGGGAAUCAUGCUUCUGCUGACACUGGUGCUCUAAUCCUCGCAGCAUAG